GGCAUUUUUUUAUUUUUACCUGUGAAUAGCUGAGAAAUUAUUGUUGCUGAAGGGGGAGGAGCAUGAGCCAGCUUCUUUGGUUGCUGCUGAGAAGUCGAUGAGACCUGCAACUGUGUUCUACCCUGUUCUAUUGGGCGUCUCCUCCCCCGUGCUGAGUCAACCAAUUCCUGACCAGUUCUCCGCUCAAGGUUCUUUGCAGCCAGGAUCCAAGGUCUGCCGAGUGUACUUGUCUGGAGAGACCUGAGCACAAAACAAAGCCCUCUUUCCUAUUCCUGUUGGGGACCUAAUCCAGCUGUGUGUCCUCAACAGCACCAGGCAGGUGGUGACCUGAGAAUUCCGUGUCCACUUCCUGAGGACUACCCCACUAUGCAGUGGCUGAUGAGAUUCCGGAUCCUCUGUGGCAUCCACAAAUCCUUCCACAUCGUCCACCCUGCCCCUCGGCAGGUGGUCCGCCAAUCUUCAUCAGGACUUAGAGCCCCAAGGUGGAGUGACCAUGAUACACCUGAGGAAUUCAACUUCGCCAGCUCAGUGGUGGACUACUGGGCUCAGAUGGAGAAGGAGGGCAAGAGAGGUUCAGAGACAGCCCUGUGGUGGGUGAACGGCCAAGGCGAUGAAGUGAAGUGGAGCUUCCGGGAGAUAGCCGACUUAACCCGCCGCACAGCCAACGUCUUAACGAAGGCCUGUGGCCUGCAGCAGGGAGACCAUCUGGCCUUGAUUCUGCCACGUGUGCCUGAGUGGUGGCUGGUGACCGUGGGCUGCAUCCGGACAGGCAUUGUCUUCAUACCCGGGACUACCCAGCUGACUGCCAAGGACAUCGUGUACAGACUACAAGCAUCUAAAGCCAAGGCCAUUGUGACCACAGAUACGCUUGCCCCUGCGGUGGACUCUGUGGCUUCUGAGUGCCCCACUCUGAAAACCAAGCUGCUGGUGUCUGACCACAGCCGUGAAGGGUGGUUGGACUUUUGGUCACUGAUCAGGUCAGCGUCCCCCAGCCACACCUGUAUUAAGUCAAAGACGUGGGAUCCCAUGGUCAUCUUCUUCACCAGUGGGACCACGGGGCUCCCCAAGAUGGCGAAGCACAGCCACGGACUGGCCUUAAGGUCCUGCCUCUCCUCCAGCAGGAAAGUACUUCAGCUGAAGACCUCGGACCUCUUGUGGUGCAUGUCGGACCCAGGCUGGAUUCUGGCUCUCGUGGGGUGCCAGUUUGAACCGUGGACAGCAGGAUCCACGAUAUUCGUCCACCACCUGGCCCAGUUGGACCCCAAGGUCAUUGUACAGGUGUUGUUCAAAUACCCCAUCACCCAAUUCCUGGCUGCACCAAGUGUAUUCCGAAUGAUUCUACAGGAGAAAUUCACCAACCUCAGGUUCCCCACCCUGGAGCACUGCGGCACUGGCGGGGAGGCCCUGCUGCCCGAGGAGCUUGAGCAGUGGAGACGACACACGGGCCUCCUGCUCCACGAGCUCUAUGGACAGUCGGAGACGGGAAUGACUUGUGCUGUCUUCCGGGGAAUGAACAUCAAGCCGGGCUCCAUGGGGAAGGCCGUCUCACCCUUCGACAUCCAGAUCAUCGACGACAAGGGCAACAUCCUGCCCCCCAAUACUGAAGGAAACAUGGGCAUCAGGAUGAAGCCCACCAGGCCACCUGGCCUCUUCAUGUACUACGAGAACAACCCAAAGGCGUCAGCGAAGGUGGAGUGUGGGGACUUUUACAACACCGGGGACAGAGCMACUAUGGAUGCAGAAGGUUACUUGUGGUUCCUGGGCAGGGACGAUGACAUCAUCAACGCCUCUGGGUACCGCAUCGGGCCGACAGAGGUGGAGAACGCCUUGGCGGAGCACCCUGCGGUGGCCGAGUCGGCGGUGGUGAGCAGCCCGGACCCGAAGCGCGGGGAGGUGGUGAAGGCAUUUAUUGUCCUGAACCCGGAGUUCCUGUCCCAUGACAAGGACCAGCUCACCAAGGAACUGCAGCAGCAUGUGAAGUCAGUGACGGCCCCAUACAAGUACCCAAGAAAGGUGGAGUUUGUCCUAGAACUGCCUAAAACCAUCACCGGCAAGAUUAAACGGAGUGACCUCCGGAAAAAGGAGUUUGGCGGGAUGUCAUCAGGRAAAAAAACAGAACCUACCCCGUGACUUAGGCAAAUCCCCGGGGUGCCUCAAUUUCCUCAAUAGGGUGGGGUUUGGAGGGGUAUCAGGAGGUCUGAGGCCCCAGUAUUUUUUUUUAAAUCCCUGAGUUUGGUUGCUKCCCUCCUUGGAAGUCCUCUGUUCUCCUGGAGGGCCCAGGUGAGCUUGAGGAUUGGGGUUGCAGGUAAUAAAACACUA